AUGGAGAGCAGGUACAGAUCUAAAAGCAUACCAGUGCCUGAGUCUCAAUUAUUGACAGUACAAGAUCAACUUAAAAACAAUAAAUCGGAUCAAACGCUUCUUGAACGUGAAACUACUCUUUCAACUAAACUUGAAGACACACAAACACUUUUUUGUCUUGAUGGAGAAUCCAUACAAAGUACAGAAGCCGGAUGUUUAUGUGAUAUUUGUGAGAAAAAAAUUAGUUUUGGCAUUAAACGAUAUCAUUGUAUCGAUUGUGAAGAUUUCGAUAUAUGUCUGGAAUGCUCAAAGGAAACUGAUCAUGAUCAUACCUUGUUUGUUCAACAUUGUGUCACCAGCGAAUAUCAAAAGAAAGUGCAAGCGGGUACAUGUGUUAGUGACAUAUUAUAUCGAUCAUUUCAUUGCUACUGGAAUCGACCGUGUUUUGCUCUAACGCCAUUUACGUCAUGGUACACAUACAAUGAUGUUUAUCAACGUGUACGAACAUAUGGUACUCAAUUAAUUAAUAACAAUGGUUUGAGAGCAAGAGAUUUUGUUGGUAUUUGUGGUGAUACAUCAUUAGAAUGGGUUGUAGCUGAUAUAGCGUGUGUAUUUCAAUCGCUAAUUACAGUACCAUUGCAUACAAGAAUGAUCAAUGAAGAUCUUGUGAAAGUGAUAACAAAUUGUCAGAUCAAAUGUAUUAUUUGUACAACAGAAGAAUUGCAGAGCAAGUUUACUCUACUUAUGACACAAUGUCCAUCAUUGAAAGAGAUUGUUUUAUUUAAAAAUAUUGAUGACCUGAUACUAACCGAUCACUCAGAAUGGAUUGAUAUUGUAAUAAAUGCUGAAGAUAAUGAUCUUCUGACUAUUAUUCACACAAGCGGCAGUACCGGUAUACCUAAAGGUGCAAUGAUCACAGAAAAGUUGUGGAAAACAUUUAUUGAAGAUGGUUUGUCAAUGCACGAUCCAUUCGUCAAAGCUAUCUUUAAACCAUUGUGUAGUACGUCAGAGAGACAAGCUCUCUAUUACACAUUUUGUAGUGGUGGUCGAGUGGGUAUAUGCACAGAGCCAAGUAAAAUAUUCGAAGAUAUUCGAUUAUUACAACCAACAAGUUUAGGUUGUACACCAAGAUUUUGGAACGUACUAUAUGCUGAAUUCCAAUGUGAAUAUUUAACACAAUUGGAAAAAAAUGCUAAUAGUUGUGAUCCUAAAAGUAAAGAUAUGGUAUAUCAAAAAGUACUAACACAAUUUAGAUCGAUAUUCGGUGAAAGAUUAACGAGUGUAUCAACUGGUGGAGCUUCAACAAGUGAGACGGUUAAAGAAUUUUUAAUUGAUUGUUUUGGUUAUGGUCGAGUGUACGAAGGAUAUGGAUGCACAGAAGCGGGUGAUAUAACAGGGGACAAUGGAAUAUUAUGCGUUGGUGUACAAAUCAAACUAGAAGAUAUACCCGAAUUAGAUUAUUAUCAGACUGAUAAACCAUAUCCACGUGGUGAAUUGUGGGUUAAAACUCGAACCCUUAUUCCAGGUUACUAUAACAACUCGAUUGAUACUGAAAAAUCUUUGAAAGAUGGUUGGUUUUGUACAGGUGAUAUUGUUGAAUUGAUCGAUUCUAGACAAAUAAAAAUAAUCGAUCGUAAAAAGAAUUUUUUUAAAAUCUCACAAGGCGAGUAUGUUGCCGCUGAACGAUUAGAAAAUGUGUAUUUAUCAUGUGUGUACAUUGAACAAAUCUUUAUUACAUGUGCAGAUAUUAUUAAAUAUAGUCAACAACAAAAUGCGGUGAUGGCAGUAAUUAUACCAAAUGAAAAAUUACUAAUCGAUUGGGCAAAAAAUACAAAACUAGAAUCAUGGACAGAUAUCAAAGAUUUAUGUAAAAAUCCAAUUGUAAAUAAAAUGAUACUUGUUGAAUUGAAAAAAAUUGGUGAACGAAAAAAACUUCGAUCAUUUGAGAUACCAUGGGCAAUUUAUUUAGAAUAUGAACCGUUUACAAUUAAAAAUGGUAGAUUAACAUCGUCAAAUAAAUUAGCACGAUCAGUUGUUGAAAAAUAUUAUCGAAAUAUUAUGGAUGAUAUUGUAUUAAUUAGUCAAGUACGAGAUAGUGGUGAUAAUAAAAAAGUGAUUCAUGAUAAUUUCAUUGCUAAUGGUGGUGAUUCAUUGAGUGCUGUUAGAUUAGCUGCACUAGCAAAAUCGAAUUAUGGAAUAGAAAUUAAUGUUGAAAAAUUACUUACUUCAUCUACCAAUAAUAACGUACAAUUAUUGUUAACAGACGAUGGAAUGUUAGAUCCAUCUCUUACUGUAAAUAAUAGUUUGAGUGAAAAUGAUGGAGAUAUUCUGUUAACUGGUUGUACGGGUUUUCUUGGUGCUUAUAUUCUGUAUGAAUUAUUAAAACAAACAACAAAUUGUAGAAUAUGGUGUUUGAUACGAUCAACGAAACCGGAUAUAAUUAGUCAAGUAUUAAAAUAUUACGAUUUUUGUAGUUCAAUAAUAGAUAUAGAAAGAAUUAGACCGAUUAUUGGUGAUUUAUCAAAACCAAAAUUUGGUUUAACAAAUGACGAUUGGUCACAAUUAUCGUCUACAAUAAGUCUCAUUUAUCAUUGCGGUGCCAUGGUUAAUCAUAUUAAAGAUUACUAUGCACAUCGAACAGUAAAUGUUAAGGGUACCAUAGAAAUUAUAAGAUUAGCGUGUAGCCGCAGAAUUAGAAUCAAUUAUAUUUCCACUUUAAGUAUAUUACCAACGAAUAAAAUUGUUAACGAAAAUGAUCAAUUAGAUGAAUUGUAUUUGUAUCGAACAAAUGGUUAUUCACAAAGUAAAUGGAUUGCUGAAAAACUGAUAACACAAGCUAAACAACGCGGAUUACCGGUGACCAUAUACAGACCAGGUAUGAUUUCGUGGUGUUCCACAAGUGGAAAAUGUAAUGAGCAAGAUUGGAUAUAUCGAUUAUUUACUGGAUUAAUAGAAUAUGGAAUAGCUCCAGAUGUUGACUCAUUAAUGAAUUUAGUACCUGUCGACUAUGUAAGUAAAGUGAUCGUAUGGUUAGGACAACAACGAGAAAGUAUUGGAGAAAUAUAUCAUUUGUGUAAUAUGAACAGCAUGAUUCAGUUUAAGACAAUAUGGAACGAAAUAUGUACAAUGAGACAGAAGAAAUCAGAAUAUAUUGAUUUCAAUGUUUGGUGGACAGAUGUUUUAAACAAAGUUGAACAUGAUAAAAAGAAUCAAAUAUUAAAUGGAUUAUUAUUAUUUCAAAAUGGAAUACCAAAUGAUAGAGACAAAAAAAUUUUAACUAAAAAUACUGCAAAAGCUUUACAAACAAGUAAUAUUGAAUUGUCAGAAAUAAAUCCUACUUUAUUUGCUAAGAAUUUAUUAGAUAACUUGAGCAGAAAUUGA